CGGAAGUUCACUCAGAUCUAAUAUCCCUUGUUCUUCCGUCAUUUGUCCAUCUGCGAUCAGUAAGGUGGUGGGAGCUGCAGGCGGACUCGGGGGGCCCAGGAACCAGAAAUGGACUCAGUGGCCUUUGUGGAUGUUAAUGUGGAGUUCACCACAGAGGAGUGGGCUUUCCUGGAUCCCACCCAGAAGAAACUCUUCACAGAUGUGAUGCUGGAAACCUUCUGGAACCUGGCAUCAGUUGCAUGUAUUUUAGAAGAAGAAUGUGACGACCAUGAUAAUGAAGAGCAGUAUGAAAAUCAUGGGAUGAAUCUUAGCAGUCAUAUGGUAGAGAGACUCUGUACAAAGAAGGAUGGUAGUCAAUGCAGAGAAAACUUCAGCCAGAUUCCAAAUCAUAAUGAAAAGAAGGAAACUCCUACUGAAAUAAAACAACCUAAAUCCAGGUUGUGUAGGCAAAUCUUCAUGCGUUAUUUAUCUUUGAAUAACCACCUGAGCUCUCACAUUGGACCCAAACUAUACCUGUGUCAGGAAUAUGAAGAAAAUUCUUAUAAAUGUAAGGAACCUGAGAAAGCUUUCAAGCAUCACCAACAUAUUCAAAGACAUGAAAGCAGUCCCAGUGGGAAAGCUUUCCACUAUUCAGCUUCCCUUAAAAAUCAUGAAAGAAUGCAUAUCGCUGGGAAACCGUAUCAGUGUAAGCAAUGUGGGAAAAGUUUUAGUCGUCUCAUUUUCUUUAAACUCCACAAAAAUUCUCAUAGUGGAGAGAAACCAUAUCAAAGUAAGCAAUGUGGCAAAGCUUUCAAUUCUCCCAAGUACUCAGGAAAAAAUGAAAGAACACACACUGCAGAAAAGCCCUAUCAAUGUCAAAAAUCUGGAAAAGCUUUCAGUUCCACUUCUCUUAGAAAUCAGGAAAGAACACACACUGGUGAGAAACAUUAUGAAUGUGGGAAUGUCUUCAGUUGGCUCAGCUCUCUUGGAGAACAUAAAAGAAGUCAGGCCAGAAAGCAGCCUCAUGAAUGUAAGGAAUGUGGUAAAACUUUCCUUUAUCCCUUUCUACUUAAAAUUCAUGAAAGGAGGCAUACUGGGGAAAAACCCUAUGAAUGUAACCAUUGUGGUAAAGCUUUCUUUCAUCCAACUUCCUUCCGAAGUCAUGUAAGAGCUCAUAAUAAGGAAAAAUUCUAUGAAUGUAAGCAAUGUGGGAAAGCCUUCAGUUCUGUUGGCGCUCUUGGAAAACAUAAAAGAAAUCAUGAUGGAAAGAAGCCUUAUGAAUGUAAGGAAUGCGGUAAAACUUUCCUUUAUCAGUAUUCCCUUAGAAUUCAUGAAAAAACUCAUACUGGAGAAAAACCCUAUGAAUGUAAACAUUGUAAUAAAGAUUUCUUUCAUCGAACUUCCCUCCGUCGUCAUGAAAGAACUCAUACUGGGGAAAAACCCUAUGAAUGUAAGCAGUGUGGGAAAGCUUUUUUUUAUACAGGUUCCCUCCAAAGUCAUGAAAGAACUCAUAAUAAAGAAAAACCCUAUGAAUGUAAGCAAUGUGGCAAGACUUUUAGCUUUUCCAAAUCUCUUAGCAAUCAUGAAAGAAUGCAUAUUGUGGAGAAAACUUAUGAGUGUAAGCAAUGUGGGAAAGCUUUCAGAUAUUCCAUAUCUCUUAGGAAUCAUGAAAAAAUUCAUACUGUGGAGAAACCGUAUGAAUGUAAGCAGUGUGGGAAAACUUUCAGAUAUUCUACAUAUCUUAGAAAUCAUGAAAGAAUGCAUACUAGGGACAAAUCCUAUGAAUGUAAGCAAUGUGGGAAAGUUUUCAGACAUUCCACUUUUCUUAGUAAUCAUGAAAGAAUGCAUACUGGGGAGAAACCCUAUGAAUAUAAGCAAUGUGAGAAAGCCUUCAGUUCUCCCAGUUCUCUGGCAGCACAUAAAAGUAAUCAUGACAGAAAGAAGCCUCAUGAAUGUAAGGAAUGCGGUAAAACUUUCCUUUAUCCCUCUUUGCUUAGAAUUCAUGAAAGAAUGCAUACUGGGGAAAAGCCCUAUGAAUGUAACCAUUGUGGUAAAGCUUUCUCUUAUCUAACUUCCCUCCAAUGUCAUGAAAGAACUCAUAAUAAGGAAAAACCCUAUGAAUGUAAGGAAUGUGGAAAAGCUUUCCGACAUCCCAUUCUUCUUAGAAAUCAUGAAAGGAUGCAUACUGGGGAGAAACCCUAUGAAUGUAAGCAAUGUGGGAAAGCCUUCAGUUCUCCCAAUUCUCUUGCAACGCAUAAAAGAAAUCAUGACGGAAAGAAGCCUCAUGAAUGUAAGGAUUGUGGUAAAACUUUCCUUUAUCCUUCUUUGCUUAGAAGUCAUGAAAGAAUGCAUACUGGGGAAAAACCCUAUGAAUGUAAGCAUUGUGGUAAAGAUUUCUCUCAACGCACUUACCUUCGUCGUCAUGAAAGAACUCAUACUGGCAUAAAAUGCUAUGAAUAUAAGCAUUGUGAUAAAGGUUUCUAUUAUCUGUUCUCUCUCUAACAUGAAAGAACUCAUACUGGGGAAAAACCCUAUGAAUGUAAGAAAUGUAAAGCUUUCUCUUAUACACAUUCCCUCUAAAGUCAAGAAAGAGUUCAUAAUAAGGAAAAACCCUUAUAAAUGUAAGCAAUGUGGAUAAAACCUUCAGUCUGCUCACACAUCUUCAAAGACAUGAAAAAACUCAUGAUGGGGGAAAACCUUAUGAAUGUAAGCAAUGUGGGAAAACUUUCCGUUGAACUUCACAUCUUCAAAGAUAUAAAAGAACUCAUCAUGGAAAGAAGCCUCAUGAAUAAGGAAUGAGGUAAACCUUGUUGUUAUCCCCUUUUCUCGUAGAUAUCAUGAAAUGUAUACUGGGGAGAAACCCUACGAAUGCAAGGAAGCCUAUAGUCAUCCCAGAUCCUUUCAAAUUCACAAAAGCUCUCAUAGUGGAGAGAAACCAUAUCAAUGCAAAGCAUGUAGUAAAACCUUAAGCUUCUGAACUAGUUUUAAUAGACAUGUGAAAACAGAUCCUAUUGAUAAACUGUUAAUAUAGAGAAUAGUAAAGAGCCUUUAUUUAUCCUCUCAGCUGUGCCAUGUAUGAUUAUCCAGAUUGGGGAUGGACCCUAGAAAUGUAAGAGGGUUAGAAAGCAUUCAUUUCUUCCAGUUUAUUGUAAAGGAUGAAUGAACUCACUGAAGAGAAGGCUGUCAUGUAAAGAUUGUAGAAGAGCCUUUGGCCAUCCUAUUUCUUUACAAAAUCAUGAAGGGACUCCCACCCAAGAAUAAGUAUGAACGUAAGGAAUGUGGGAGAGCCUUUUUUAGACAUGUGAAAAUGCACCUGGAGAAAUAGUGUAUACAUAUAGAGAAGGCGGGGAAGCCUUCAGCUGUCCCUCUUUCUUGGAAAGGUCAUGAAAUAAACUCAAAGUGAAGAAUUGUCUUGAAUGUAAAAAUGUAGGAAAACCUUCAUGUUGCCUUAUAUCCCUACAAUACCAUGUGAUAAUGUACACUGUAUAAUGUGUACAAUGAAAACUUUAAAAUUUUAACACAUACUUCCAAACUAGUUUGAAGACUACACUGAAGAAAAAUCCUAUUAGUGUAAGUAAUUGGUACAUAUAAGUUGCAAAUUAAGUCAUAUACUUCAGGAAACUCACAGCAUUAAAGUUCUAUAAACUUUUGACAUAUUUUCUCAUUAUCAGUACUCAUUCUUUGUUAGUUUUUUAAAUUGCUUUUUUGGAAUGAGGAAGAGAGAGAGAGUAGUGGAGAGAAACAUCAAUGUGAGCCAGAAACAUAGAUAGUCGUCUUCCUGUGUGCCUUUCCAGGGAUCGACCCCGUUAUACCCAGUAAUGUGCCCUGCCAGGUAUUGAAUGAAUAGGCCUUGCACACAUAUGAAUUCUUUUUUACUUUUGUAACAGCACUUGAAAUUCACAAUUAUUUUAGUUAAUAAAUAUUUGUUAUAUAUUUGUAUUUACUGACAGUUCACUGUAGAGUCCCAUGUGAAUUAUUUUCAUAUUUGGUUUUUGUGUUGCUUUUUAGCUGGGAACUGUGCUAUAAAGUUUACAUUAAGAAAAUAUUUUAGUUUAUUUUUCUCAAUCAUGGCCUUGACAGCCAAGAAGAUUGUCAAAACUGCAAGCCACUGCUUUAAUUCCCUUGAUGUCGGGUGGAAGCUUUACAGUUGUUCAGAAUUCAACAGUAAAGAUCCAGCAUAGGUUGGCUUUUCCUGCAAGCCUAUAGGUGUCCACCAGGUAACAAAUGCAGACUGUCAUGGUUGAGGCUGUUUUCUGAAAGGUACGCACUGUUCUCUAGAUUGCAUGUGCAUGAGGUCUACUUUGACUAGAAAUCAUCUCGUCCUGUUGGUUCUACUACUGACUGUGAUUCAGAUCCCACUGUGACAGCUGCAGUGGUGCAGUGCCACGGAGCCCCGUGACAGUUUGUUCUUGUACCACCCUCUGCAGUGAGGGCUCUGAGCCAGUCCUUCCAUGUGAGAAUCGGCACUUUCCUCAUUGCAGGCGGACUCUGGAUGUGUGCUGUCACUCAGAGAUGAGUGUUAGCUCAAUGUUUUCAUUUGUCUUUGGUUGUAUUGAAUAACGUUAUGUGCAUUUUUCUGUAAUAAUUGCAUCUGUAAUUUUUAAGGAAGUAUUAACUGUUUCAUAAGCAUUCUUCUGUGAAGAACUAUUUUGUUUUUAUUUCCUGAGGUUAUAUUUAAGUAUUCGUUGGAAUUAUGUAAUUUCAGCUCAUUUUGUAAUUGUUUUCUUUUAAUACAUUCUGAAUCAAAAUGAUAUGUGUACAAAUUCAGAUGUUUUCCUCAAGUUACAUUUUUAAUUUCUUUAUAUUUAUCACUUUUAGCAUUAGACUUCUUUGUUAUGCAUAAUAUUAAAAAUUUCAAUUAUGCUUUCUUUUUUUACAAAGUUCCCUUCAACCAAAUCACAUCUGUAUUUGUAAAAGUGAUGUAAUAAAAUGUAUUCAAUUAAUAUCAAUAA